AUGGCACGCGAAAAUCAAAAGUCGGGGAGGAAGUUUAAGCCCAAGCCACGAAGGGCAACACCAGCCGAGAGGAGAGCGAGGAAAGAAGCAGAGAAGGCGAGACUGCAGUCUGAGGCUAACCUUACGCUGCAGCUACAGCUACAGCUCAGACAGCUGGUUAGACUUGGUAAGUUUGAGGAUUUCGUGUAG